AUGGAGAUAUUCAGAGAUCUUCCAGAGGAAUUGGUGGAGGAGGAGAUACUGACUCAAGUCCCGGCUAAGUAUCUGAACGGAUUGAGAUCUACUUGUCAACGAUGGAACCGUCUGUUUAGCAGUGACCGCAGAUUCGGAAGGAAGCACGGCGACAAAGCCGCAAAGCAGUUUGUGGUUCUCAUGUUGACGAAUUUCUUCAGGGUUUGUCCGGCAAUCGUCAAUCUCGACGGAAAGGUUCCAACUUUCGAGGUAAAAACAGAGCUUAGCCUAGUAGAUCCGCAUUCUGAGCAUCCCGGAGCUCAAUUCGAUGUGUACAGAGUCUUUCACUGCGACGGCCUCUUGUUAUGCACCUCCGAGGACGCGUCUAGGUUCGUGGUUUGGAACCCGUUAACUGGUGAAACCAGAUGGUUCCAACCCAGCUCUGGUGGCACGAUAGGCCGUGGCUUUGCCCUCGGAUACGGCAAAAACAAGAGCUACAAAAUCUUGAGCUAUUAUCGUGGUAGGAAAGAUUAUGAAAUGUACGAGUUCAGCUCUGAUUCGUGGAGGGUGGUUGGUGAUAUCUUGCCUCCAGGCUUCACCCUUAGAUACUCGAGUAUCACCGUGUCUUUGCAGGGAAGUGCUUACUGGGUCGCUUAUGAUGAACCAACAACGCAAAUCAUCAAGUUUGAUUUCUCAACAGAGAAAUGUCUACUUGUGCCUCUUCCCUAUCCAUCGCAGCCUGAUGGUCGUUUUGAAGUUUUAAGGCUUACCAAUGUGAAAGACGAGAAACUUGCGCUCUUGGUACAGCUCGACGAUACAUCCAAGACUGAGAUAUGGGUGACGAAUAAGAUUGACGAGACCAACAGCCAGGUGGUGUCGUGGAACAUGGUUUUAGCAUUGGAUCUGAGCCCGCAUAAUGAUGUUCAAGUUUAUGACGAGGGGAGUUUCUUGUUCGACGAGGAGAAGAAAGUCGUCGUGGUUUCUGAGCAGUGGUUUGACUUUGAAGUUGAAGAGGAGGACCUGGGGCAGAACAAAGACAUGAUAUACAUUGCUGGGGAGGACAAUGUAGUCACACAAGUGGAUUUUGGACUAGAUGGACCGAAUCAAUGUGUGUCAGGUAUCCUAAAUUAUGUUCCGAGUUUUGUUCAAAUGGAGCAAGCUGGAGGCAAAAGGAAAAGAGCUGACCUCUCUGAUAUGUAA